AUGCUGAUCCUCGAGGGCUCGAUCAAGGCGCUGGAACUAGCGAAGCUUGUAACAACGGGCCUUCCAUUCCCGGGGCUGAACGUCAUCCUCGAUAUUGCGCUGAGCAUCGCGAAGAAAGCCAAGCUGGAGGUCGUUCAGGAGAUCGAAGACACUCGAGACGACUGCCGAGCUCUCGCCGAACGUGCCGCAUCCCAUGCGCUGGCAGUAUGCCAGCAGCUAAAGGACGGCAGCGGUGAGACCGCGGAAAAAGAGCACGUCACAGCGUUUCAGCAUAACUUGCAAGACAUUGAGAACUGGAUGGCCCGCCGCCUGCGAACUCUUAGAAAGCGAGAUCGCAUCCUGCUCCCUUUUAGACACGGUAAGGUCGCCAAGGAGGUCAAGACGCUGACUGCGAAGCUCGAAGAGUCCUAUCGCAUCUUCAUGAUCCAGUCUGCGCUCUCCGUCGACCAGAGCAUGAACACCCUCAAGACCGGGAACAUCCGCAUGAUGCGGCACAUCGACGACUCGGCCCGUGUGGGGGAAGUCGUACUGGGAGAGACCAGAGUGAUCCGCACCGGCCUCUCGGCCCUCGCCGAUCGUGUCGGAGGGAACCUGAUAUUCGACGGGACGUUCCGGUACUUCGCCCGCGAGAAUCUCGCGUUCUUGGAGCCCGUUGCAGACUCGUCCUACAAGCCGCAGCAUACGGAUACAACCCCCGGAGACGACCGUGCUCUCGCCCAGGCCACCGCUCCGCCACGGGCCGGCCGUGUCUUCUGCUACCGUGCGGCCGUGAAAGCGGCCGGCGAUCUCACUGGAACCCAGGUAGUGGUGUGUGCAUAUCCCAGUCGCGAUGACCAGCGAUUCGUGGAGCAUCUCAACGCCGCCCAGCAAACACGUAAUCCAUUCGUUCUAUCUGUCCUGGGAUACUCCCGUCCAGGCAAUCCAUGCGAUGCCGCAUACAUCGUGACGGAAGCGGACGAGGGCGAGAUGCGCGUCGAUUUCGAAUUGGGCACGGGCGAGAACCAGACGAGGUGGUCGAGAUACAAGCUCUCCUGCGUGCCCCUGAACACGACGCUCGUCUUUCUGCAACGCAUACAUGCCCUGCGCGAGCUCAGCGACGCUGCUUCACGGAUGGUUCGCUUCUUACCGGAUCCAUCGGUAACGGAAUGCUACGCGCACAUCGGCAUGGCCACACACCGGUUCUAUUACACCGAGACUACUGCCACAAUGAGCACGCACGCCGCUGAGCAGGUAGUCCCACCACUUUGGUUCUUCUUGUUGCAGUCCGGCGGUAGCGAUAGCUAUGCUCACGCCCGCACCACCCCAUGCGGGUUCUGGUCGUCGGAGAAGUACCCUACUUCCGUGCCAGCGGGCAUCAUCUUCGAUCCAACGCCACAGUAUGAGCCCAUUAGGAAAGGCGAGGAAGCGCCACUGUUUACUUCGACACAAGUACUUGGAGACCUCGUUUUCACUACGGAGACAAAGAUGUCCACAACGCUGCUACAGCUCAGCGAGGACGAGCUGUUAACACUGAGAGAGCUCCAAGAGAGCCUCUGUCCGACUAGCAAAGGCAAUGCUAGUGACUCAGACGACUCCGGCGCGGAUCGCUUCGCUACAUACGACAAUAGCGACGAAGAUAACAGUGGAGACGACUACACCGAAUCAAGUGGCAGCAGUAACAGCCCUGCCACAACAGUGGAGUUCGAGCCUACGGACUCGGAUUAUCAGGACACGACGGACUCGGAGUACGAUAGUACGGAAGAGUAUUACAGUGCGGAAGAGUACUAG